AUGAAGCAGAACAACGAGAACAAUUAUGUGAGAGUGUCAUAUAAUAACUUUAUGACUACACGUAAUAGAUAGUUUGGAAAUGAACUCACAAACAUUUAAAGAAUACCUACUCGUUCUGCUUCUCAAUUCAUAUGUUCGAAGCCUCUUCUUAAAAUGGAGGAGGAGACUAUGCCUCCAGAAUUGGUCAAUCCUUAUGUGGGUGAUAUAUUUGAUUACUUAUGUGUCAAUCAACAUAAGUUCAUGUGUUAGACUCCAUUUUAUAUGAAUUUAUAAUUGGAUAUCACUAAUCAGAUGCGUUCAAUAUUAAUAGAUUGGCUGGUGGAUGUACAUCUUAAAUUUAAGUUGCAACCAGAAACCCUUUAUUUGACAAUCAACCUAAUCGAUCGCUACUUGUCAAAGAAUACAAUCAUGCGAAACAAACUACAAUUGGUUGGGAUUGCAUCUUUAUUCAUAGCAUCCAAAUUCGAAGAGAUCUAUGCACCUGAAUUGAAGGAUUUCGUGCAUGUUUGUGACAAUGCCUACACCAAAGAAGAAAUCUUAGAAAUGGAGAGCAAAAUCCUCUUGACCGUCCAAUUCAACCUCACCUACACCUCCCCACUCAAGUUCCUAGAACGAUAGAUCCAAGGAGCCAACCUUUGUGACAAAAUCAACCAUGCCUCCCGCAUGAUUCUGGAAUUGUCCCUAUUGGAUAUCAAAUGCUUGAAGUUCUCCUCCUCAUUAUUAGCCACCACUUCCAUAUUACUAGCUAUCAACUUGCUCAGAUCUCCUUAGGUAUUGCCCUCGUCCUUGCAUUACAUUGAAGACCAAGAGGAAUUGAGGGAGUGUCUAUCCGAAUUCCUGCCAGUGAUUUCACUUUUGAAGAGUUUCAACAUGACAGCAAUCAGGAGAAAGUACCAAUUGGAAAAGUUCAAUAAGAUUGCAGAUGUGAUUCUGACCAUCCUACCUAAUUAAUAAUGA